AUGUACUUUGACCCUGAAUAUAUCAUCAACAUACGUUUCAUGUUUGAUCAGAUCUGGUCUUUCACUCAACGAAUAUUCGAAUUUGUAUUUAUUGUGAUUAAGACUCUACCUCGUGAUCUUGUCGGCUUGUACAUUUUGAUCAAAUAUCAUCUUCUGCUCAAGUAUAAUGUUUUCCGAAAAAGAGACUUCAUAGAAAUAUUCCGCGGCAAUGUCAAACAGUAUCAAUCAAAAGCGUGUUUGAUUCUUGAUGACAAAUCUCUUUCGUUUCAGCAAAUUGAAGAUUUAACAAAUCAAUUGGCAAACUUCUUCUCAGCGGAAGGUUUCAAGCAUGGUGAUAUCAUUGCACUUAUUUUAGAGAAUUCACUGGAGUAUCCGUGCGUUUGGGUGGGAAUGAGCAAAAUUGGUUGUAUAACUGCGCUCAUCAAUACAAAUCUUCGUGGAAAGCCACUUAUUCAUUCCAUUAGUACAGUGAACGCCAAAAGUGUUAUAACAUCAACGCACAUUCUUUCAGAAAUUGAAAAUGAAUUGAACGAAUUAGGUAUCAAUAAAGUUUAUCUAUUCGAUCCAAAAGAAUCAAUAACAACAAAUGAAACAUCCACUUCCUUUGAAUCAAUUCAAUUGUAUGACCAAUUGCAAGUAUGUUCAACCCAGCCACCUAAACCUCUUCCAUACGACUUAAAACAUCCUGUUUUCUAUAUUUUCACGUCGGGUACCACUGGUUUACCCAAAGCAGCAGUGAUUAAACAUUCACGAUUUCUUCUCGGUACAUUUGGUUUUCUUUGUGGGACAGGUAUCAAACCUACAGAUAUCAUGUACAACACACUUCCACUCUAUCAUUCACUUGGUGGUUGGGUUUGUAUCACCUACAGUCUUGUCGGUGGUUGUACAACCGUAAUACGAAAGAAGUUUUCUGCAUCGAAUUUCUGGAAAGAUUGUGUUAAAUAUCGAUGUACAGGUUUUACCUAUGUUGGUGAAUUGUGUCGAUUUUUACUUGCUCAACCGCCGAGUGAAUUCGAUCAGAAACAUUCGAUUAAGUUCUGUUCGGGAAAUGGUCUUCGACAAAAUUUAUGGAUGUCGUUUUCUAAACGCUUUAACAUAAAAAAUAUUUAUGAAUUCUAUGGUGCAACGGAAAGCAAUGCUUAUUUUUUUAAUAUUGAUUCAUAUCCUGGUGCUUGUGGAUUUUCUUCCAUCAUCGUUCCCCGUAUUCUUGGUUCGUUUCUUAUUCGAUUCGAGCCUGAAACAAUGGAACCAUUGCGUGAUGAAAAAACGAAACUAUGCAUCCCGUGCAAUGCAGGAGAACGUGGUUUACUAGUAGGACUGAUAAAAAAGAGUGUGUUCAAUGCUUUCGAUGGUUAUGUGAAUAAUGCCUCAGGUACAAAUCGAAAGAUUAUCGAUAAUGUUUGCAAAAUCGGUGAUCAAGUAUUUAACACUGGUGAUGUGAUUUAUGCAGAUAAAUAUGGAUAUCUUUACUUUUGUGAUCGAACCGGUGAUACAUUUCGUUGGAAAGGUGAGAAUGUUUCAACUGUUGAAGUGGAAAAUAUUCUUAUGACUAUUCUCAAACGCAACGACGUCGUGGUUUUCGGAGUGUCUAUUCCAGAAUGCGAAGGCAAAGCUGGUAUGGCUGUGAUUCUUGAUGAUCCUUCAUCGCCAAUCAAUAUAUCAACCAUAGCGAAUGAGCUGAAAAAGCAAGGUUUACCUUCGUAUGCGCGGCCAUGUUUUCUACGUUUCACAAAACAUAUCGAAUUGACUGGAACUUUCAAAGUGAAGAAAACUGUCUUCCAAGAAGAAGGUUAUGAUCUGAGCCGAAUUACCGAAGACAUCUAUUAUUUAAAUCAACAAAAACAAGCAUACGAGAAAUUAACACCAGAUAUCUACGAAUUAAUCUUGAAAGAGAAAGUUCGAUUUUGA